ACGCCCCUUCGCCGGACGGAGGGAAGCAGUUUCGGGAAGCCGCGGCCCCCCCCUGCCCCUCGCCGCCGUCCUCCGCUUGCCUCCCGGCGGCGGCGCCCCGCCGCCGCCGCGCUGUCCCCGCCUGCCGCCGCGCCCGGACAGCCGCGGGGGCGGCCUUGCGAAGCGGCCCCCCACCGCCGCCGCGGGAGCCGGCAGCCGGCGGCGGGGGAGGAGCGGAGCGGAGCUGAGCCACACAGCGCGGCCGCUCGCCGCCAGCCCGUCCGGCUCUGCGGGGAAGCGGCUGCCGGAGCGGGCUGCGGGCUCGCCGGGCGGGGCCGCCCCCGGGCCUCUCCCGCCGCCCCGCGGCAUGGUCGCGCCCGCCCCGCGGCGCCCCCGCCCCGCGCCCGCCCGCCCGCCCGCGCCGCCUGGGCCAGCGGGAAGAUGGAUGGGCACGUCCUGAGCUGGAUCGUCCUCCUGUGGCUCGCAGCUGAGGUGGAAGGGUUGCAGGUCACCGUGCCUGAGAAGAAGAAGGUGGCCAUGUUGUUUCAGCCUGCUCUGCUUCGCUGCCAUUUCUCUACUUCUUCCACCCAACCAGCUGUGGUACAGUGGAGGUUUAAAUCUUACUGCCAGGACCGAAUGGGAGAAGCUUUGGGUAUGGCAACUUCUGGUUUACAAACUAUGAGCAAGAGGAACCUGGACUGGGAUCCCUACCUGGACUGUGUGGACAGCAGGAGGACGGUCCGUGUCGUGGCCUCCAAACAAGGAUCUGCCGUCACUAUAGGGGACUUCUAUAAGGAAAGAGAUGUCAGCAUUGUCCAUGAUGCAGACCUUCAGAUUGGGAAGUUGAUGUGGGGAGACAGUGGGCUCUAUUACUGCCUUAUUAUCACACCGGAUGAUGUGGAGGGCAAGAAUGAAGAAUCGGUGGAGCUGCUUGUGCUUGGCAGGACAGGGCUGCUUGCUGAUCUCUUGCCCAGUUUUGCUGUGGAGAUUAUGCCAGAGUGGGUCUUUGUGGGCCUGGUGAUCCUGGGGGCAUUCCUGUUCUUCCUCCUGGUGGGAAUCUGCUGGUGCCAGUGUUGCCCACACAGCUGCUGCUGUUACGUCCGCUGCCCCUGCUGUCCUGAGUCCUGCUGCUGUCCCCGGGCGCUGUAUGUAGCAGGCAAGGCAGCAAAAGCUGGGUACCCUCCUGCAGUCUCUUCCAUGCCAGGUCCAUACUACAUCCCCAAUGUUCCUGUAGCUGGUGUCCCAUCUCCUGCUGUGCUGGUGGAUAAGUCGCACCCCCCUCCCUUGGCCCCAAGUGACUCCAGCGGAGGAAGCCAAAAUGCAGUGCGCAAAGGGUACAGGAUCCAGACUGACAAGGAAAGGGACUCCAUGAAGGUGCUGUACUAUGUCGAGAAAGAACUGGCUCAGUUUGACCCAGCUAGGAGGAUGCGAGAACGAUAUAACAACACUAUCUCUGAACUCAGCUCUUUGCAUGAAGAGGACUUGAACUUCCGACAGCCCUACCGCCAGGUGCGAAGGAAACCUCUGCCUCCUGCGGGGGAUCUGGAUGGUGAUGCUGAAUACUGGGCAGGAGUGAUCGGCGGGGGAAGCACAUCAAGAUCACAGGCUGUCUCUGAUUACAGAGAUGAGCGGGACAGUUUCCGGCACAGCCAGCAGAGAUCCAAGUCCGAGAUGUUGUCUCGUAAGAGCUUCUCUGUGGGAGUGCCGGCCGUCUCUAUGGACGAGCUGGCAGCCUUUGCAGAGUCCUACAGCCAGCGGACCCGCCGGGCAGACAGCCAGGAAACUCGGCGUUUUGAGCGGUCAGAGUCGCACGGCGGCCGCAGCGGAGGGCUGCUCCACCAGGAUAGCUCCAUGGAGGAAUACUACACCAAGCGUAGCAGAGGGAACCGAGAGCCGCUGACGGACUCGGAUCGGGGCUGGUCAUACAGCCCACCCCGGAGACGGGCCCAUGAGGAGAAGCACCUGCCCAGGCUGGUGAGCCGGACGCCCGGAGGGAGCCAGAAAUACGAUCACUCCUACCUCAGCAGUGUCUUGGAGAGGAAAUCCCGGAGCUACGACGAGAGCGGUGACCGUAGUGAAACCCCCUCAAAGCUGAGCUCGCAGCCCAGCCAGAGAGGAGGGGGAACAUACUAUGCCUGGUCACCACCCUCUACCUACAAAGCCGAGAAGUCGCAGCAGCAGCCGCAGCAGCCGCCACCACCGCCUCAGCAGGAGGAAGGGGAGGACACCCUGCCGCCGUACAGCGAGAGGGAGCUGAGCCGAGGCCCUUCGUACAGGGCCAGGGAGCAGGCCUACCUCAACGCCUCUGACAAGAAGAGGAAGAAGGACCCCAAGAAAACAAACGAUUUCCCAACGAGGAUGUCCCUUGUGGUUUGAAGUUGUUGUGGACAUGUCAUGUUGAUGGGCUGGACACCAUGAGGUGACUGCAGUGGAAAAGAUACAGAGCAACAAGCAAGACAAGCCUCUGUGAACCUUUGUAGCCAUCAGCCAUGGACUCUGUUUCAAUUGUUUGUUCAUCAGGGGAGCAGACACUUUUGUAAGAGACAGACUCUCAUAAACAGCACUCGAUAUCAGAGGCUCUGGGAGUCUGCCAGGAAAAUGAGGCCAGGGCUCUCUUUGGCACCCUGUUUUCCAGUGCCCUCCAUUUUGUGCUGGAAGGCAGCCACAUCCUUACUGUCCCUGCAGCCCUGAACUACAAGCGAGGCUGCCUUUGUGCCUCUUGCCCUGUCUCAUGUGCAGAGAGAGGCCUGUGUGCAUACCUCUUGCUCUCUCUGUCUCCUCAGUUCUCUGUUUGGAUCAAAAUUGUCUCCAUACUUAUGCUUAGAGCCUUUUCUGUAUCAUCCCCAUGCUGGGAGGAGGCCUUGUUCUUACAGAUGCAGACUGCCUCCAGCUGAUGGGGCCCUAACUCGUGAAAGAAAAUCUACAUCCUUUCAGACACUAUAGAAAAGGACUGAUGAGGUGUUGCUUUGGCAAGGGCUGAACAGAGAGAGAGAGAGAAUUAUGGGCUGGUUUGGUCAAUAUAUUUAGUUCUGUUCAUUGUGUGAUGAGAGUUGCAGGUGAGAUUGAUGUAUUGUUUUGAAAGUGGAUCAAAAUAGCUUUUAUUGUGAUGAGAGCAUGAUGUGUUUUUUCCCCCAUCCCCAACUGUGAUUUGUUUUCAUACAGUUGCAUUUCCUUGCAGCUGAGCUAUGACCCCGUAGAGCUUCAAGCUAGAAUAUCUACUCCACUGUAUCAUAAAGCAGUGCUCUAGCCUUGCUGGCACUCUGCUUCCAGCACCACCAGACAUCUCUGCAUAGUGAGUGGCCUUUUUGUUUUAAAAAAGCAAAAAGGGGAAAGUCUCAGUGAGAGGGCAGCUGCGGAUCUUUAUUCUGUGCUACUGGUAUUACUCCUUUCUGGUCAUUGUUCCCAGACACUGAAGAGAGCAGUAACAGCAAUGGAAAAAGAAUUAACACUGUGGAUGAACACAAGCUUUGAAAAUCACCUUUUUCACUUACAACCCUUUCAUUCACUUCAUUUGUGACAUGGUUUUAGUGGCUGUUGUCUCAGGAACAGCUGAAUUUGGAAGUGAGUGCUUCACACCAUUUGGAAGCCUAACAUUCUGGUUUUCAUAGGGUAUAAUGCAGUCAUUUCUUUAAUUUUUAGCUACUAAAAUCAUGAUGUAAAGGAAGAUGAUGGGAAUAUUUUAAGGUCCAGUAUCUUGAUCCUUAUUACGGCUAGAAACAACUUAGUGCCCUACUGUGUUAUGGACAUUGUCAGCCUCUGAAAUGCCAUCUCUGUUGUUACUCUGGAAAUUUGGAGAGCUGUUUGGCCUCAGGUGCUCAUUCUGGCAAUACUGUUUUGAACACAAGAUUUAUUAACAUCACUGCAGUUCUCCAUAAAAAUGAUAGAUUCAUUUCUGUGUUACUCCUUUGCCAGAUCAGUUCACCAGGAAUGCUCAGGGGAGAGGAAGAACAAUCUCCAUAGACUUGAUGACAGUGCAGUUUUCGUGCUAGGUGAAUUGAUGAAGGAGUGGCUUGCUUUCCCCACACUCCUCUAGCGAUGACUGUAGUUUUGGAAAUCCCAGUCCUGGGUCUUCCUGGCCAGAGAAGGAUUAGCCUGUAGGGGCAUACAAUCGUGGAAUCAGAAUGUGCAGGAAGGGACCUUUAAAGAUCAUCUAGUUCCAACCCCCUGCCGUGGCCAGGGAUACCUUGCACUGGAUCAGGUUGCUCAAAGCUCCAGCCAACCUGACCUUGAACACUUCCAGGAAGGGGGCAUCCACAACUUCUCUGGGCAACCUGUUCCAGUGUCUCAGCACCCUCAUACUAAAGAAUUUCUUCCUUGUAUCUAAUCUAAAUCUACCCUCUUUUAGUUUAAAACCAUUGCCCCUGGUAAAGAGUCUCCCUCCCUUAUAAGCCCCCUCUAAGUAUUGGGAAGGCCACAAUAAGAUCUCCCUGAAGUCUUCUCUUCUCCAGGCUGGAGAACCCCAACUCUCUCAGCCUUUCCUCACAGGAGAGGUGUUCCAGCCCUGUUAGUGUUUUCAUGGCCCUUCUCUGGACCUACUCAAGCAGGUCCAUGUCUUUCUUGUGCUGGUGGCCCCAGAGCUGAACGCAGUACUCCAGGUGGGGUCUCACGAGAACAGAAGGAAAGAAUCACCUCCCUCGACCUGCUGGCCAGGCUGUUUUUCAUGCAGCCCAGCACACGGUUUGCUUUCUGGGCUGCAAGCACGCGUUGCCAGCUCAUGUCCAAUUUUUCAUCCACCAGUAUCCCCAGUCCUUCUCUGCAGGGCUGCUCUCAAUCCAUUCAUCCCCCAGCCUGUACUGAUAUUGAGGAUUGCCCCGACCCAGGUGCAGGACCUUGCACUUGGCUUUGUGGAACCUCAUGAGGUUCGCAUAGGCCCACUCAAGCCUGUCAGGGUCCCUCUGGAUGGCAUCCCUUCCCUCUAGUGAAUCAGCUGCACCACUCAGCUUGGUGUUGCCCACAAACUUGCUGAGGGUGCACUCAGUCCCACUGGCUGUCAUCAAUAAAGAUUGAACGGUACCAGUCUUAAUACAGACGCUUGAGGGACACCACUUGUUACUGAUGUCCAUUUGGACACUGAGCCGUUGACUGCAACUCUCUGGAUGGAGCCAUCCAACCAAUUCCUUAUCCAUCAAAUAGUCCAUCCAUCAAACCCCUAUCUAGUUUAGAGACAAGGAUGUUGCGUGGGACUGCGCCAAAGGCCUUACAGAAGUCAAGGUAGAUGACAUCAGUCAUCCCCUUACCCACCAACACAGUCGCUCAAUCAUAGAAGGCCUCCAGACAGUCAGGCACAAUUUGUCCUUUCUGAAGCCAUGCUGGCUGUCUCUAAUCACCUCCCUGCCAUCCACAUGCCUUGACAUUAGCUUCCAGGAGGAUCUGUUCCAUGAUCUUACUGGGCACGGAGGUGAGGCUGACUGGCCCGUAGUUCCCAGGAUACUCCUUUUUACCCUUUUUAAAAAUGGGUGUGAUGUUUCCCUUUUUCCAGUCGCUGGGGGCCUGACUGCCUGACCACCGUGACACUUCAAACAGGGAGAGCGGCUUAGCAAGUACGUUUGGCAGCUACAAGCCAACUACAUCUACUUGUAUUAUGGCUGGAGAGACUAAAUUUUAAAUAUUUUCGUCUUUUCUCAUCUUUAAUGUACGUUCCUAGGAAAAUCACAGCACAGUUAACGAGAUAGGCAGGUGGUUUCCAUCUGAGCUCUCCAUGGCCUUGAAAAGUCUACAGAGCUACUCUACAUGCUAUUUUAAAUUAAACAUUUCAUCCCUGACAUAUGGUGAUAACUAGCAGCAAGAAAUGUUGAUGUUGUGUUAGUCUGAAAACCUUGGGAACCCCUAUGCCAUGAAUUUCAAGGGAGUUUAGCCUCCUAUCUUUUCCAUCAGACAUCCAGCAGACCCAGGGAACAUUUUACAUAGAAAUUUGAAAGUGCAUCUGCAACAAUAACUAUGUCAGAGAGGGGCCGAAACAGUGACUUAACAGUCUCUGAAUACCUGUAUCUUUUAAAUCAUACUGAAAGCCAGAGCAUCACAAUCUUCUUCCCAUUUCAGUUAUGUCUGUCCCUUAUCUCUGUCACUGUUGUUUAUUUGAUCAAGCCCUCAGGAAUGAGUUGUGUGUAUUAAAAAUACAAGCCUUCCCCUCAUUUAUUUGAAUCAGUUUUGUUUGCUCGAUGCUGGUACUUUAGGGCAUUUGUACACUAUGUGUAAGAAGUUGCCAUUUAUGUGUCUAGCUUAUAAAUAAGUAGUUGCAAGCUAAUUCUCUUAAGAAAACUAUUUUAAUUGUAGAAACAACUGUUCAUAAGAACCGUCCAACAUUUAUUUUGAAUCCAAGUACCUGGAAGAGUAUUGAAGAUUUCAUAACUAGUGAUUCUACAAGUUUUAUCAGAUGAUAAAAACUUCAGCCUCAAAAAAAAGAGCAGGUCUUAAUUCCCUAAAGUCAGAUCUGGGCAGCACCCAUCAGUUGGCUCCACCUUGCUCUAAAACUUUAGAUUUCAUAUCUGCUUAUCCAAAUGUGAAGAAAUUUUCAGUUACUGGUAGUGUCGGUCCUCAGGCCAUCUUUAUUUUUCCCAUUAGCAAUGUGUCUGCAGCAGCACCAAAUGGACCAAAUCAAAAAGUGAGGUGUGACAUAGAGCAGAGCUUCCAUCUCUAUAGCUACACAACCCUAAUGACCCAUGACUCUUGCAACAGAGGGGAGCAGGGGGCCAGAGGCUGAGAGGAGCCUCUUGUUUCAGAAAAGAAGUAAUGUUUUGCUUCUGCGCCAUCUGUCAGAACACCUGCAGAAUGCUGGCACUGGAAAAUAAUGAGCCUGAUUAUUACGGGGUCUCAAAUUAUAAAUUUUCCAGUGAUCAAUUUUUAUUGCUGGCAUAAAAUUAAAAUCCGUUUCAUACAGGAUAUGGAUGUCUGGGUCAUGUCAAGGGCAUGGAUGGUUUUGUGGCCUUAAAAUGAAGCAUCACAACAGUGACUUGCUAAGAAGACAACCGAGAUGAUGAGUGAAUCCUGUUAAAAAAAAAAAAAAGAGCCCUUAGAGCAACAGCAGGAUCAAGCAUCAGUGGUAAAUCUGGCUGUGCUGUCAAAAAUGUGAUCUGGGCUACUGAAAAAAGUUUUGACAUAAUGGAAUGGAAAAAAUAAAUAGCUGUGGUAAUGACUUCUCAACAAUACCAUUAUUCCUUUAAAGUACAUUGUAAAAAUUCCAGUGGGUGGUUUCAGUGUGAAUAUCCUCCGACCACUCCAUUUCCACUAAAAUGAAAAAUUAACAAAACUAGCACUUUAAAUACCUAAAAAUUUUGAGAAACUCCAACAUACAUCACCUGAGACAGCCAGCCAGAAUUAUUCAGGUCUUUGUGCUGGCAUAUAAUAUAGGGGACUGGAACUGUAAGCAUCCCAGCCUUUGUUACUGUUAUUAGGUCAGAGGUGGCCAUCAGCAGCAUGCCCCAGGCCCAUCUCACAUUCCCUGCAGCCAGCAUUGGCAGCUGUGUAUGCCGAGUUUCCCCGAGAGGUCCCAGCUCCUGCUCUGAUGUCUGGGUCCCUCCAUAGCUUGCUGAAUUGUGGUUUUCAUUCUGGCUUGUGACUCUGGGUACUUGUUGUCCGUGGAUCAGCAGUUACACUGCUUUCCUGACCUUUUCCAACAAGCCCCCUCUAGGUGGGCAAUACCCAUUCACCUGUAACAUAAGACAAAUGGUUUUGCAAUCGCCAAAAAGACUUUUACAUGCCAAUCCUCUUCAGAGUUACCUAAAACUGGCCAGAGAAAUUUGUGGGAGGGAGGAGCAAAGAAACUAUUGAGCAUUGUGAGAUGGAACUGGUCUUUUGUAGGGAGGAGAGAAGGGGCAUUGUCAGAGCAUUGUUUUCAGGGAGUUUGAGGAGAGUUAACCACACAUGGAUGCCACCACUGGGCUGUUACCAGCUUCCUCCAGUAACGGAGUGAUCUGAUGUUGCACAGAAGAGCUUUGCUUGUCAAGUUGCUGGCCUGCUCCUACAGUUCCAGGCUGUCUUGAGCAAAGUAACUGCUAACUCUCCGUAUACUCAGAGAGGACUACGUCUCUUUUGAACCAAGGUCCCUCCCAAAGCCGCUUCUCUGAAGAGAUGCAGGACAGCCCCUGGGCUGUACAAAUACAUAUCCCUGAGAAGGAGCAAUCAAAACAUUUUAGAAGUCAAACCUUGCCACAAACUGUUACAGGUACAUAAACACAACAACACAGUGUUUAUCAUGCGUGGGCUAUUCUGAAAAUAAUCUUAAUGUGGAGAUUAUUUUGCUGAGGAACCGCUUGGAGCUAUCUUCCUUUUUCUCCAGAGAGCUUUUACACAAAGAUGUGUGUGAGGAUCCAUUCCAUGUUACUAAGUACAGGGUUUGGGACAUGUGGAAAGUGAAGCUAAAGGGGCCUUAGCUCAUUUGUUGACUGGGUCCAGCAGCAGAGAGACCUUUGGCGUAAGCCAGGUGCUGCAGAUCUGACCCUAUGAUUCCGGAAAUCUCUGUGGUACAGCAUCUCCAUCAGGCUAUACUGGCCAUAUGUGCUUUCUACAACAGCUGUGACAUUGAAACCACCCUCAUUGUUGCUCGGGGCUCCUAAAGCUCCUUUCCCAUUGCCUGGAAGACCAGAAAAGAGAUCAAUUAUGUAAUGUGACAGGAUGGCUAUAAUUUUGAUGUGAUCUUAAAAAUGCCAGCUGGAUUACCAGCAUUAGAAACAGAAAAAUCUUAAGAAUAAAGUUAUAUCUAUAUAUAGAUAUAUAGAUAUAUAUACUGAAGGAAUGAAUCUGCCAUGAUUCCUAUAUGAAUUCUCUUGUGACCUUUAUAAUUGCUUUUUGACAUUCACCCCUGCCUGCACAGGGGCCUUUGCCAGGAGAGACCUUCACCUCCUCUCCCUUUCUGCCUGUCAUUUUUUGUCAUGCUUGUAAUCCCUCUCUGACCCCUCUGCUUUCCUUGGCUAUUUCCAGUUAACCUUCAGCCUUGUGCCUAGGGGUUCUGGUCAAUUUAGAUGUAGAGUGAGUGACAUUCUGGAAAAGGACGUUUUUACGCCCUAUAAAAGCAAAAAUAACAGAACACACAAAACAAAACCCCAAGCGCUCCAGAUAUUGUCUCAAGCCCAAGCAGGGAUGUUACUGGAAACGUGUUAAAAAUUAAAGCCGAACAUAAUUUCAAAAUGAGUAAGUAUUGUUUUCAACCCCAGGGCAGUUGCAGUCAGAGCUCUGAAGCACAAACAACAGAAGCAAAUGCGUUCAGUUUUCAUUGUCCUUGGUGAGAGCAGUGGCAGAGAAGCAGCAUUUCAUGAGUCACAGAAAGCAAAUGGGAUUCCAAGAUGCUAUUAGUUACAUUUGAGUUUAAAAGUAUGAACUAAGAGUUGCCAGGCUCAUUUUAAAAGCAAAAUUCAGUUCAAGGAAAUGGCAAGGUUUUAAUCUCUAAUGCCUGCUGGUGGCUCUCCACCUCACCUGCUCAUUUUAUAUAGAAAAAUAUAUUUUUUUCUGCAAAGACUCUACUAGUGCUCUGAGAACAACAUGUGCUCUGUGCCCCAAGCACCAAAAGGAACUUAGAGGUGAAAGGAGCCUCUGGUGUGUCCCUGUCUGAGGCAGACAGUCCGCAGAGCACCAACACUGUCCCUAUCAUGCAUCCCAACAGACUCGCCUUUAGUUCUGUUUGUACAAGCUACACAGGCGGAGACUCUGGGCUGGGAGCUAGGUUGUCCGCUGUUGCUGACUUUUCAUAGACCCUGUUGAAAGCCCUGGCCCAGAGGUAUAGUCCUCUUGCUGUUUAUCAACGAUCUGGGUUUUUUUUCUGCUGCUGUUUCUCGCCUACAACAGCCAUUUCCCACCAAUUACGCAGUGAGUGCGUGGCUUGCUUUGCUGUACUCAGCUGUUGUUAUUUUACUUAGAUUGUCCUUCUUUCCUGUAAUGAACUUAUUUUCAAUACGGGGGGAGGAGAAGGACAUAACAAUACUCUGUAUCAUGAAAAUACAACACUUCUAUAGCUUUUUGGGACACAUCCUUAUCCCCAAUUACCAAGCAUUAUACAUUUGCCAUGCUUGCAGUUUCAAAGUUGUUGCUUUUGAGUUGUCACCAUGGAGAAUAAAAGCAGGAAAAGCUACUGCCAA